UUUCAAAAUUGACAAACGAAUUUUGAGACUCGACCCGGUCGGAAGUUUAAAACCUUCAUUCUCUAAAAAGUACUGAAAUCAAAAGGACGUGUUCCGUUUGAACUUUUUGUGCUCUCAUUUAACUUUUGUGUUUUUUCGUCGAGAUUUUUUUUCGAGUUGAAUUUUAAAAACCAAGUAAAGCAAAAGCUUGAAAUGAAGGAGGUCAACAAGCAGGUUGAGAAACCCGAAAUAACUGAUGCCAAUUUGGCCGUGAAAAUGCGGCCCGAUAGCCGUAGUCCAAUGGCGGCAAAACUGAAGGAGGUGAAGAACCAGAAGCCGCAAUUAAACGAGAUGGCCAGUGGACUCGCGAACCUGGUGACUGCAGUAAGCAGUGCCGCCAUGACUUCGAAGUCAAAGGACGGCAAGCUAAAGCUUGAGAAUAACGAUUCAUUUGAGAUGAAUGCUCCCUCGGGAAGUGUUUCUCAAAUGGAUACUUUGCCAGCCCCGGAGGCUCCUCAGCAGCUUGAGGCCCAGCUCGGCGAGAACCAGAUCCAACACGCCACCGAUCACGGCGAGCAUUUCAACUCGCAGGUCGGCUCUAAGAUCGAGGUGGUGGUCGGCACGGUAGCUCCACCUGAGCCAAUGAAAACUGAGGAGGUGACCGUUGCCGAGGUACCUCAGGAGCCACUGCAGGUUGUGCAGCUGCCGGUACAGCAGCAACCGGAGCAUUCCGAAUCGCAGGGUCCACAAGAAGCGGUGGAGCAACCAAAUCCGGCAACCAUGCCGGACGGAAGUUAUGGUCUUUACGGCAGUCAGAAGCAAAGCACCGAGGAAGCCGGGUCUAUGCGCGAGAUCGGCAUUGGCGACGGAAACUUGAUCUUCCUAACUGGAGGCGAUGGCCAGGCUAAUUAUAAUGCUGGCGACUCGGUGGCCAUCGGCCAGCGUUUGCCCAUUUACGUACUGAACACGGACGAGAAUGUUGUCCGCUAUGUGCAGGAUAGCGAGGGCAAUGUACAGCUGGACAUGGAAAGUGUAAUCGAAUACCUGCCGGAGGAGCAUGACGGUCCGGUGGAGUCAAUGAGCAACAAUGGAGCCCCAGCUUCGCCGGAAGUGCAUGCAUCACUGCCACCACUACCACAACCUGUAAGAGGAGGCUUGCCGGAUGCAACCCCUGAGAUUGAAGCGUUAAUAGAGGAAGGCCGUGUGAUGGAGGCCCCUAUGGUGGCAGCCCCUAUGGUGGCAGCCCCUGUUUUGAGCGAUGCUUAUGAGAUGAUCAGCGAUACGGAAGACGUCGAUGGUAAUGUACCAAGUACAAGCGGCCUGAGUAAUCCAGGCUCGAUAAAUGUGAAUACCUUUCAUCCCGUCUUGGACUCCCCUUCUUCCCCGGAUCCAGAAAAUCCGACUGGAUCCGUUUUGGAUGAUCAGGAAGGUAAGGCCGAACGCCGAGUUCCAUCGGAUCAUGCUUACGCUAAAGGCACCUGGGAUACGAGCAAGGGUUUCAAGAAAGAUUAG